GGGCACCCUUUUCCUCGACAAUAAGAAAAAAAAAGAAACGGGAGAAAAAGAUAAAGAAGAGAGGUUUCCUCUUUUCUUUUAUUUUUUUAAAUUUUUUGUGCGCGUGUGUGAAUUUUAGGGUUCGUAAUUUUAGGGUUAAUGGCUUCUGGAAGAAGCAGCAAUAAUCCGAAGAGGCCGCAGUUCUUCAAAGUUCUUCUUCCUGGAUCUUUCGACAAGUUGUGGAUUCCUCGAUCAUUCGCGAAUCAUUACAUAAGUGAGGAUCGUCGGAAGGCCACAUUAUAUAGCCCUCUUGGCAAGUUUUGGCAUGUCAACCUCGAGCGCAGCAACGAAUCAAAUGAUGUUUUCUUUGGCGGCGGUUGGCGGGAAUUUGUCAGAGCCCACGACAUAAGAGUGGGCUACUUGGUUGUGUUUCGCCACGAAGGAAACAUGAUCUUCACUACCAAAGUUUUUGAUUUGAGUGGAUGCCUCAAAGCGUACGAUGAGACUACUUUGAAUCAUGCGGGCCAAGUACUAACAGAUAUCGAUGAUGGCAACAUUAACGUCACCACAAAUAAUCAUUCAGAAAGGGCACGGAGAUACAACUUCAAAAAAAGAGGAUCUUAUAAGCCAAUUUCACCGACUCCAAACCAACUAUUUCCUCACUACAAGAACAAGCUAAGGAACCAUUCUCACCUCACAAAUUCAUCACCUCAAUUUGAGAAGACGGUGCGACCGUAUAAUCUUGUUCGCAAAUGCAUGAAUGUACCAGAAACAUUUUGUAUGUUGAGCGGACUCCAGGAUAAGACCGUGAUCAAGCUCCGAGAUUCGAGGCACAGAUCGUGGCCUGUGAGCUUUCAUCGUUAUCCUCAAUUUGCGCAGCUUAGGAAGGGGUGGGAAGAGUUCUGCGAGGGAAAUAACUUGAAGGAAGGUGACAAGUGCUUCUUUCGACUUGUAUCAAAAAAGGAAAUGCAUGUUAGAAUAGUGAGAAAUUGAGCAAGGAUAAGUUUUAGUUACCCUUUUUGGUGUGUAUAGAGUUACUCUCUUUAGCUGCUUCCUCUCUCUAAUCAUGGUUUACGGAUGCUUGGGAUGUAGAACUUAAUUUGUUCGUGUUCGAUCUCAUAAGUUUUAGUUACCCUUUUUGGUGUGUAUAGAGUUACUCUCUUUAGCUGCUUCCUCUCUCUAAUCAUGGUUUACGUAUGCUAGGGAUGUAGAACUUAAUUUGUUCGUGUUCGAUAUCUGUUGUUUUUGUUAGUAGAAAAGACUCUUAAGUUGGAGUUGUUGUCAACUUCAAUUCUUCUUGCAAGUUUGCUUUAUCUUUUUUUUUACCUUUUCUUCUUUUGUAAAUUUGGCUUGCCAUAUGAAAUUAUACUCCAAGAAAUGAUUGGAAUAGUGAGAAAGUUAAAACUGCCCUGUGUUUAUAGAA